AUGCAACGUGCCUUCACUUUCCCAAUGACUGUUGAGCGCAGUCGGACUAAAGAGUGUCUGGAGGCGAGUCUGGCCGGGCUGUGUGAGCUUGAACUCCGCAAGCAGAAGCAGGAGUCCCUGGUGCUCGGGGCGCUGGCUCUCGGGGACCCCCUCCUCCUUCAAGGGGACCAGGGCGCACCAGGGACCGACGCAUGUUUCAGCAUCUGGGGCCAGGAGAACCUCACACUCAGGCGCCAGCUGAGCGCCCUUCAGAGCCACCCAUGGACCCUGAUUCAGUCCUUGGAGCAGCAGGUGGGAGAGCUCAGGAUAGACACUGACACAGCGGGAGACGGAAGCGACAGUCGACCCAGUUCUGGUUUUUAUGAGUCUAGCGAGGGUCAGUCACCGAGGGGGAGGUCUUCCGCUGAGCCCACAGAGACACAGUCAACAUGGACAUUUGUGAAUGACAGGCCCAAGUCUGUGGGUGACUCACUUUCCCCAAACGGAAACAUAGACGUCCCCUUCGCUCGCACCACUCUCCCUCGGUCUUUCUCCGCCCCGUACCCGCCUCUCGAGGGCAUCGCUGAGGAAGGCUCUGGACCCGAUCCUUGGUUUUGGGAUUCGGUUAAGACCACCCAAACAUGGCCCCAACAUCAGCAGCAGGAAGGACACCAAGAGGACGCCGAUGUUGCUCAAGAGGAGGACUACCAGCAGGCUUUGCGGGUAGAGGGAUACAUUUUGAGUGUCAUCCAUAGACAUACCCUUUACCCGCGUCCUUGCCAGCCACGCACCACGCUCAGUCCCGAUCCCACUCACUCCAAUACCUCCUUACAUCGCAGAACACCGUCGCUUACCUCUGAGUCGAGACCCUAUGACCCGUACCUAGACCUUUUGGGGCAUGCUAAUAGUCAAACCAGGGGUUGUGACCUGUAUGAAGGAGAAGCUUGUGGCGGAGAGGCCCCAUCAUUGGAGGAGGACUGUUUUUUGGCUCUACCCUACCCCCAAUCCAGGCCGCACUCUUUAGCUGGAAGGCUGCCAUCACCUCUGCCCUUCGUAGACCCCAACUGUGUCGCUGGGGCUCUUGACCUCUGCGGUGAACUCACAUCCCCCCGUCAUUAUGCAAAAGCACCGCCCCCUAUUCACCCGAACCUUGUAAAUGCGCAGUUUGUUUCGAGACAAGGUUGUCGCGCCGCCAUACAAUCUCCAAGACAUUACGUUCCGAGUAGGCCCAUUCAAACAAUCACCUCCCCAGAGCACCAGAGUAGAGCUAAAGCAGCCAAGAAGAACCAAGUUGACCGUGUAAAGGUUAAGAAAGUAAAUGGCAAGAAUAGAUCGCAGUCUGAAAAUAGCCUUCUUGGGCAACACAUGCUACCUGAACGGCGAUACAGCACAACGGAGAGACCUCAAGGUAGAGCGGACUCUGCCUAUAACCAAGCUGUGCAAAUGAGUCGCAACAACGCCCAUAGACGCUGGUGCUCAAACCUGGAGCUAAGCCAGGAUGAAGGGGACUCCCAUACACCGCAAGUCAACAGGCGACCACCGAGAAAGCGCAAUGGUCAUUUGUGCCAGCAGCAGCAGCAGCAAAGCCAACAGCAUUACCAGCAGCAGAGACAACAAUGGCAGCACUGUGAGUACCAGCAGAGAGCCCCACUGUGCAGGGAAGAGGAAGUGGCAUACUCAAGAGCUGCUCCGGCUGAGUCUGAGUCCAGCAUGAGCGAGGUGUAUUCUCCAGGCUCCAGCUCGAUGUCCAGUGACUCGGACGAGAGCGGAGGGUUGGUGUGGCCUCAGCAGUUGCCACCUCGACUGGCCGUGGGGUCUUCAUCUUCGUCCUCGCCCUCUCCGCAGAACGCCGCCGCAGCGAACGGAAGCUCGUCUCAGCCCAAAGCUUUCGUGAAGAUUAAAGCCUCCCACGCACUCAAGAAGAAGAUUCUGCGAUUCCGCUCAGGGUCUCUCAAAGUCAUGACCACUGUUUGA